CUUGAUAUUGGUUAUUUAUUUAUUUUUUUUUUAAGUGUUUUCGCCUUAACGAUUCAAUGUCAGCUACCAGUAGGGAUCACUACGUGUUCGAGCUGGCAUUGUAAUCUUUUACGAACGGCCGUUCCUUUUCUAAUUUUGCUAACCUAGAUCUUGACUGGGUGAUGCAUUUGGUGCAUAUUGGUGGCACUCAACGGAGAAUUUCAGUUUCUGUUUUCUUCACGGGAAAUUAAACAAAUUCGCAAGAAAUCGAAAUUUUCUGCUGCGUAAGGCCAAAUGUUUUCGACUGAUUGUAUCUGACAAUUAACGUGUCAACUGCUUGUUUAAAAGCAACUGUCACCGCACUCAUUCUUAAACGAUUCCCAUUUGAUCGUAACUCGCUCUUUAACGCGAGGGGCGAGCCCACCAAGGGUCUUGAUUGUCGUCAUGAUAGACUUCAAGAAAUAUUUUGCUAUACUGCUAGGAGUUGCUUUCUUCAGCGUCUCUUUGCUGUACUAUUUCACUCACCAAUUUCAUGUAGUUUACAAUCAGGCGAUGCAAGACUACUCGUCUGUGUCCAUCGCUCCAGAGAUGGAAGGUGCUGAAAUGCAGGAUCUGCUUGGUGUCCGAAAUUCUGAUAAUAAAUCAAAGACGAUCUUGUUCUGGACGACUUUUUACGGCGGAAACGUGUGGAGCAAAUUACGAAUGGAUUUGAACGAAAGCUGCCCGGACAACAAUUGCCGAUUGACAACCGAUCGGCGCUUGCUGAACGAAAGCGACGCCGUUAUUUUUCAUUUUUGGCAAGAUAAAUUAGAUAGUCUACCAGCGUUUCGCAGGCCUGAUCAACGCUAUGUCUAUUUGAAUUUCGAAUCAGCUGUUCGCAGUCGGAAUUAUUUUCCGUGGAAACAAAUUCCGCCCAACUUUUUUAAUUGGACGGCCACUUACCGAUUGGACUCUGAUUUGUUUGGGAAAAUGUUUUACGGCUUUCAGUUUGAAAACAAAAGUUCACCGUUAGUCGGUCAAAACAAUUUGACGAACUACUACGGCCUCAACAUGACGUCCAAAACAAAAAUGGCUGCUUGGUUUGUGAGCAAUUGUCAAACGUCAAUCAAUCGCGAAGGCUACGUGCGUGAACUUUCGCGGUACAUUCAAGUGGACGUGUUUGGCAAGUGUCUCGAGAAUCACAAAUCUUGUCCCAUACCGAGGAACCCUCAGAACCAGCCGCUGUAUUACGAAAAAACGGAUUGCGAGGUGAUGCUCGAACGAGAUUACCUGUUCUACCUGAGUUUCGAAAAUUCGUUCUGCCCUGAUUAUGCCUCUGAAAAGUUUUUUAAAGCCUUUCAAUCGGGAAUCAUUCCCGUCGUUUUUGGCGGAGCCAAUUAUUCGCUAUUGGCUCCGCCGCAUUCUUACAUCAACGCGCGCGAUUUUCAAACGCCUAAACUGCUGGCUGAGUAUUUAGUCGAAUUGAGUCAGAACCUCGAUCUUUAUUCGCGCUACUUUGAUUGGAGGGAAUUUGAUUUAAAGCGCGACUCCGGCUGGUGUAACCUGUGCAAAAUGCUCAACGAUCCGCGUGCCGAUCCGAAAAGCUAUCCAGUCAUUGAGACGUGGUUUUUCGAUAAAUACCCGUGUGAAAACUACCGUUGGACAAACACAAAAAUCAAUUAAUUGUUCUAAAACGUUCCGCCUCUUUCUCCUUUGUCGUUCACAUUUCGCCAUCAAAUCACUUGUUUUUAAGUAUCGACUGAUAUCACCCACUUUUAUUUUGUUGUUGUUGUUUACCGAUGACGUCAAAUACUGCUCGUAAAGAAAAUCACAUUGCCCCGACCGUCAAUUGCAUCGUUCAGAGUUUCGGUUUACACCUUUGGUGCUAGCACGAAUCGCUCGUUAAACGUUAACGUUCUCAGACUCUUGUUAACCAUUUAUCAAUACGACCCCAUCUCGUCAAUUGUAACGAUCAUGUUGCGCUGAUUUAUGCUCAACAUUUUUAUGCUUAAAAAAAUCCUGGUGCUAAUAUUUCGCUGUCCAGUUAAAUUUUGGCACGCACAAAGGUCGUGCAAAACAUUUUUGCUCUGCUCAAACGAGAAUUUAUUGAGGGCGCUUGAAACUGCCCGGCUUUUCGUCUACCGUUGCUUCCGCAAUAAAUAUAGCACGGGAUGAAAUUGCGUCAUCGUGACUAAGUCGAUUGCACCAAAGUGCGCUUUAACAAUAUCAUUUGUUUUGUUUUGUUUUUAAUCCGUGGGCGACACCCUACGGGCUAUGACUUCAUCUUGGACUCGGUCGUGCGGAACCCAUCCGCGCCAACCACCGUCCAAAAUGAACAGCUCAAAAUAUGUGAUUUCCAAGAGUUAGUUUCAGUAUAAUCAAUGACAUGAGGUGGCCACGAGUGAUUGUCGGUUGAAUAUUUACCUUGCGUGACGGUACAGAUGAGGGUGAGUGGUGUUCCGCUGUCGUAGAGUCCACUGACGUUCCUCACUUCAAUUCCUUUUGAAUCGGUGAUGACUGGCUUGGAGGCUGGGGCUGUUAUUAUUUAUUUUUUUAAAACCCCAAAAGACAUUCACAAUUUUAAUGAUAUUUUUAAAAAAUCGUUGUUUAAGAGGAGCUGUGCUUGUAUAUACUUAUGACGGCGAGGUGAAUGCGAUAGUGUCUCGUCGGUGAUUUUUUAAAGUCGACUCUGCAUUUGUAGAUACCCUCGUCCUCGCGGAGUACCGGCUCCAGGAUCAGGCGCACUUUAUCGCUGUUGGCUUUCAGAUGAGCACGGCCGUAGAGCAUCAUCUUGUCGUCCGACCAGUGCUGAGCAUCUUUCAUGUACUUGCCCCGAGCGUCCACGCUGUGCAUCAGUCGCGUUCCAGAAGAAAAAAAAAAGAGAGAUGUUAGUGAAUGCGUGGUGGUACUUAUCUAAUUUUCUGGAGAUGAUUGUUGAUGCGCAUAUCCAUUCGCGUAAAAAUCAAUUUGGCUACAAUAGGCUCGUGCGUCAUUUCUACUAGGACUGGCCACAUAUGGCCAGUUUUUUCUUUUUUACUUAUUUCUAAUAGUUGAUUAUCACCGAUGCCCAGAUGUUUUUCGAUCAAUGUUCGAAAAAAAAAAGCUUUAUCCCGUUCUCGACGUUCCACGAGCCCAACAUCGUUAGUUUACUAUUUUUUUUCCCGCCCGUUUCCGAUAAGAAGAAGAUAUUUCUCUUUCUGCGUGAUUGGCAAGAAAAAUUGGAUGGUGUCAGUGAGAGAGAGAGUGAGCGUCAUCGAUCCAGUGUGUACCGCUGCGCCAUCAGGUUAGCAGCGUCAUCUUGGCUACACAAAAAAAAAAAAAUCGAUUGAAAGAAUGGCCUGGACUGCGGACAGAGUGUAGGGAGGAGAAUGUGUGAAGAAAGAUAUGCGUGUGUUCCCUUCGUAAAUAAACGUGAAAUGCACGUUGCAAUUCACCUCGUCGCUUCUAGGUAUCAACCCCGUGUCUAAAACAUAGUCGCAUGUAUUAUUACUCUCCUUUGAAGGGUUUUCGCGUUCGUUUGUCUACCGCACAUUUUGUCCCCCACGUUCGUUUUCACGAUUGAAUGCUGCAUUCCACGUCAGCCCGCAAAUCCAUUAACGUUCGUCCUCUUCUUUUUGUUUCUUUUCUCGCUCGUCUUCGAGAAACUUAUUAUUCAUUUGCCAACCACACUCCUGGGACUAUGCAACAUCACCUGGUGUGAUAAUAUGCGGCUGUGUCCCCACUGUCAAUUUUCUUUUUUUUACAUAUUCAUAAACCGUCAAGGAAUUUAUCUGCGUGUCAUCUUGUAUCGAGACGACUGUCGUGUUACUUUGUGCAACUGAAUUUUCCAUCAAGGUGAAUUGAAUUACAGUUGAUUGUAGGCCA